AUGAGCAACUCGACAGGCAAUGCCUCCUCCUUCCCCAACCCUAUCACAACGGCCGCGGCGGCCAAUGCUCAGUCCGGUCCACGACGGAUGUCAAUUACUACAUUAGGCCUCUCUGGCUCUCCAACCCAACCAUCGCCUUUCAGCGCCUAUGUGGGCCGUCGGGAGAGUCUAUCCAGCUCAGAGAGUUAUGAAGACGCUAUCGAAGACAAUGACAACUCUCCUGCCAACAAUCCGACGUCUCCAUUGGCUAGGCGCGUCUCAUUUGGUGCUCAGGCAUUGAGGGAUGUGCGUGGAGGAAGCGGUUCUGGAAACGGUACUAGCACUCAAAAGCUUAAGAAUGAGAGAUCUGACCACUCUUGGCGACCUCUAGGCGAGGGUUUCAACUGGUCCGCUGCCCUCCGGACCAGAGCCGAACGGGCUCCUUCUAUUGGAGGCUCAAUGCCUACCUCCUCACACGCCCAGCCAGCGAUGUUGAACCCAAAUGAUCCCAACGCUUCAAAGGCGUAUCAUCAGCGGGCUGCUUCAAUCGCUAUCAUGGAGCAACCCACACACGAGAUUCCCAGAGAGCCGCGGCAGAACAAACCGGAUUUCUUCCAGGAGAAGAUCCUCCGAGCUGAUUUUAUGGAUUAG